AUGUCGCACAAGCAUGAUGCCGUCGUUCGGAGGCUCAUAAACCGCUUUCGGGUGUUUCUGAAGGUGUUGUUUCGACAUAUUGCUUUCCCGCUGCGACUUGUACAUCACCUGUGUCGCACCCUUUUGCGGUUAUACUACUCACGUAGUGUCGCAUCCAAGCGCCGGUUCCAGCGCAUUCAUCCAGAUGGGCACCCGGAGCGAAUUGUUGGGUCAAGCCAGCCUCCCAUACGUCAACCUCCGAGCAACCAUCAGCCGCAGGGCCCGCCAUUACCAUUACCAAGGCCUGCAUCCUAUCCACCAUUUCCGGUCCCAACCCCUACACCAUCCUCUAAUUAUGUCCCACAGCCACCUCCAGGACCUCCUGCACCAACCCAGUCUCAGAGUCGAGAGUUCCAGCCAUUCACACCCUCUGAUGUGAUGCGGUACGAUAAAUAUCCUACAAUAAAUCCCGACGUCAAUAAAUACACUGAGAUUGAGGCUCUAAUGAGAGACUAUUCAGAUAAACGCCAGCAAGUGGGCGGAAACUGGCAAUCCUGUAUACACCCAGAGGGAGCGCUCUAUUUUCAUGACCCCACGCGCGGUAUUUACACGGACUCAAUUUUGUGGGGCAAACGCCAGAGCGACAUGGACUCGUGUGUGGAUGGGCUUCUCGCUCUUAUGCCCCCCGAGGUGCAGCUGGAUUGCAACAAGAUCGAGCUCGUGGUGCAGUUGGCAACGAACCGAGAGACCAGAGCUUCAUUUUGCAGAUACUAUAUUGUCGACCAUGACAAGCACCUGCUUCUCUGGCUCCAUCCGCUACCUACAACAAAGCUCUUUUGCGGAGUUCAGGGUGUCGAAAAGCUGAGCCAUAUCAAGUAUGCUGUUGAACAUCAGUACUGGCAAGUGUGCCAUUUCCCUAGGCAACACUGCGAGAUGUAUCCCAAUGAAAAUUUGCCAGCCACGCAGCUGCUCAAGGAACUCAAAGCAGUUGUUGUGCAUGCUAGCGCUGAAACUAUUACGACAGACGUGUCACUCUCGCCCUUCGACGGUGAUGAAUUAUCGAAAAUUCUGGAUUUGAUCGGACAACUUCAAGGCAAGCGAAAGCUAGACGAUGUCGCUGACGCCCACUCUAUCUGUGUCAUUGCCAGGUUCAUGCGGUAUUUCACCCGAGCUAAAUUUUUCAACUUUUGCGGGCUCCCUGCUGCCCGUCUGGAUGCGGACCAGUCUGUUUACAAAAAGACGAAGAGGAGCAAGCUAAUUUUGGCUCUUUCAUGGGCAUUCAAUGUUGCGCUGUUUGGGGCCCCUCAGUCACACAUGACAGAACUCCGACGAGUAUGGGUCGACCGCAGUAUCAACUCUCCGCGCUGGAAGAACUUUAACAGCAAGCUAAGCAGUGAAUGGUCAGGCAUCACAAUGUAUUCAACUGUGAUGGUAGCGGUGGACGUCAGCUUUCUGGCCGUGCCUUCCGUCAGUCUCCAGUCUCCAGGUUCGGUCACAAUUAUUAGCACGUAUCUUUCUAUUGUUUGCAUCGUCGGAUCGUUGGUUGUGUCCCUGUUUCUCACCAGACAGAAUCGGUUGUAUGGGCAGGAAUCUGCUGAUACAGCGGUCCAAUUUCUCAAGAAGAUGACAGGGUCUGCAUUUGGCACCAAGGCUGUGGCGACCGUACACGGUCUCCCGUAUGCGAUGAUGUUGUGGGGUAUGCUGUAUUUCAUGCUUGGGUUCUCUUACCAGGUCUUCACGACCACACCCACCCUGACACUCGCGACCACCGGGAGCGCAUGCGGCAUUGUGGCGCUUUUCACACUGUGGCUCAUAUACGCGGCGAGGGAUUUCCAUGUUUCGACACGGUUUAUUUCGUGGCUUCGAGCUUUCAGAGCAAGAAGUGGGACCCUGACACAGCCUUAA